ACAUUUCUCCAACUCUUUUUUCUUGAUGAAGCUAUUCACUCUAGACCCACCAGGCCUAUCCUUCGUGCUACAACAGAGCGAUGGCAUCCUGCUUACCAGUAUACCUUCAAAAGGCGGGUGAACUUAUACGUCUACAAGAUAUUGUCGGUGUAACCUACGGUGACCUCCCACUCAUCGGAUCCAGGUCUACCGAGGCUAUGACAGAAUACAGCCAGCUGCCUGUGCUUCGCAAACUUGAGUGGCGACUUGACGAACAAGGGGAACCCAUGAGAAGACCCUUGAAAGAUGUGAUCUCUCAAACUGCAGCAUUUGCUCAGACCCGGGGCUCAGAAGCGCCAGAUCCCUGUUAUCAUUGCAAAACGAAGCAAAGUGUCUGGCAGACCUGCGUUGUUGGCUUUGAUACCCACGAGGGCACCAGUAUGCAUGGGAGCUGCGCAAGCUGUCGCUUCAGUCGGCGUUAUUGCACGCUCGGUCAUUACCCGUGUUGUCAACAGGUGAUAACCCAUAUGGUCCAUCCACCGACUGUGAAAGCUCAAGCUCGUAAGCUCUCAAGCUUGAAGAUACAUGGCCUGGAGAUAACAGUGACGAAACAAUCGCUCCUGGCUCGCAGGCGACGAACAUAAAUUCAGACUUCCCCGACAGUGACCUACACCAAAAAUUGAUGUCACUGAGGAAGGUGACUUGAGUAUAGUCGGUAGUAUUAAGUCAGAAAGCGUCAUCCCGCUAUCUACCACUAGGGUCUGCCGUUUGGAUGGCAAUGUUAUUCCUUUUCCCCUCGGACCAGAG